AUGUUCCCUAUAGAUCUUGCGGACUACAUUUUAUUCAAUUUCAUUCUUAAAAAAUUCGACGAGACCUUGAUAACUCGCUUCGAACUUUAUCACAAUUCGAAAGAAAUUCCUACGUAUCACAAACUUUACCAGUUUUUAGAGCAACACCGUAGCGCUUUAGGCAAUGCGUCUCCUGCUAAACCCCAAAUAAAAAAGUUUGGUUCUCAGAAACCUGUAACGGUACAGUCACGCUUUACCACCUCAUUACUGGCUAAGUCGGAUUCUUUAAAAUGUCGUAUUUGUAAUUUGCAUCAUUUAAUUUAUCGAUGUCAGGAAUUUCUUGCGAAAGCCCGCCGAGAACGCUACUCUAUUGCUAAAUUAAAGCGCUUAUGCCUUAAUUGCCUGGGCAAUCGUCAUUUGAGUAACGCGUGUCAGUCUUCUCAUAGUUGUCGUCAAUGCGUCAGAGGCAUCAUACUCUGCUACAUUUUAACUCGGAACUCGCGGGCGAUUCUCAGGAAUCUAAAUCAGCGGAAGCUAACCCCUUAA